AAAUACUCCGGCACGGGUAGCCGACGAGGAAUUACAAUCCCCCCCAGCUCGGCUGGUUUUCAAACGCUUCAGGUCGGGUCCCGCCCCACCGCUCUGAUUGGCUGCGGAUUUGGUUGUAUCUUUUCAGUCAGGUCGGGUUCCUUUGAUUUGUAAGAGCUGGGAUUUACUGGUCUAUGGGCCACAGCUCCUACUUUCAGCAAGAACUAUGGCAUCGGCUAACCAUAGUUUGGAUUGUACCUGCUGUUCCAUUGACUCCUCAGUCCCCAGAAGUGUACACCAGACAUUAGAGGAAAUGGAUUUUGACAGAGGCAUCUGGUCAGCUGCCUGUAAUGGUGAAUUCAGCAAGGUGCAGAGUUUUCUGGAGAAGGGAACUGAUCCCAAUUCACCUGAUCUGUCAGGCUACACAGCAUUGCACUAUGCCAGCCGGCGUGGCGAUUAUCAGAUCUGUGAAUAUUUGCUGAAGAAUGGAGCAAACAGCAACGCUCAGACCAAAGGAGGGGCAACCCCACUCCACCGGGCUGCCUACUGUGGCCACCUUCCUGUGCUCAAGCUUCUACUGUCCUAUGGAGCCACUCCUGCUAUUAUAGACGAUGAUGGUGCGACCCCUUUACACAAGGCUGCAGAAAGGGGUCAUCAGGAGGUGUGUGAUGUUUUGCUUAAGGAGAAUCCUGCCCUAAGGACGGUAAAGGACAGAAGAUCGAGAGCACCUCAUGAUCUGGUGACUGACCAUCCAACUUUAAAGGAGCAUUUACGGCCCAGGAUGUUAAUGUGAUAACCAUUGCCUGGAUUUAAUGUGCCUUGCCAGCACAGUACUUGCAUCUGUAUCUGUGGAUUUUGGAAAAGGAGCAGUACUCCUUCACAAUGCCAUAUUGGAGUUUUGUCCCAUGGACCGAGAUGCUAACGUACCUCAAAAUGGAUGGUUUAAAGAAAAUCUUCACAACUCAUUGCUGAAGGAACAACUGACGAACAUGGUUUUCUGGGUACUGAAUGGUGCAGUAAUGCAACCACUUAACUGCUACCACUUUAUACUGCUGAAUCAGACUGAUAUUUUCAGGUAUUAAAGUGUUCAAAUUA